CGUUCCCAGCUCAGGUGGUGCCGUCGGGUUUGGAGCAGGAAGUGGGAAGUGGAAGACUGUGGCUGGGAAAUCUGAAGGCUUUUCUCUUCUUAACUAUUAUCACAUUCUUUAUAAGCACUAUUCACUUAAAGAACACUUGCAUCUAGGAGGGCAUCGAAGUACAUCAUGUGGAAGGCAGCUGCAGGUCAGUCCGUCUCUGUUGCAGUAGAUGAUGGAGGAGAUGAUUGGGAAACUGACCCGGACUUUGAGAAUGAUGUAUCAGAGAAGGAGCAGCGUUGGGGUGCCAAGACUGUGGCUGGCUCUGGCCAUCAGGAACACAUCAAUAUUCAUAAGCUGCGUGAAAGGGUGUCAUCUGAACACAGUGAACUGAAGCAGAAGGAGUUGGAGAACAUGCCCAAAGCAUCUCAUGGUUAUGGUGGAAAGUUUGGAGUGCAGCAGGAUCGCAUGGAUAGGUCUGCUGUUGGACAUGAGUAUCAGAGCAAGCUGUCCAAACAUUGCUCCCAGACUGAUACUUCAAAGGGUUUUGGAGGUAAAUUUGGAGUGGAAGCUGACCGUGUCGACCAGUCUGCUGUGGGCUUUGAAUAUGCUGGAAAAACCGAAAAACAUGCCUCUCAGAAAGACUACGCUACCGGGUUUGGGGGCCGCUAUGGCGUGCAAGCGGAUCGUGUGGACCAGAGUGCUGUUGGUUUCGAUUAUCAGGGGAAAACAGAAAAGCACGAGUCACAGAAAGAUUAUGCGAAAGGCUUUGGUGGCAAAUUUGGAGUGGAGACAGAUAAAGUGGACAAGAGCGCUGUGGGCUUUGAGUACCAGGGAAAGACUGAGAAACACGAGUCUCAGAAAGACUAUGUAAAGGGUUUCGGAGGUAAGUUUGGCGUUCAGUCGGACCGUCAGGAUAAGUCUGCAGUGGGAUGGGACCAUCAGGAGAAACUCCAGCUUCAUGAGUCACAGAAAGAUUAUGCCAAAGGGUUUGGAGGAAAGUAUGGAGUGCAGAAAGACCGAAUGGACAAGAGCGCCGGCACGUUUGAGGAGGUGGAGAAGCCAAGCACGGCGUAUCAGAAGACCCGUCCUGUUGAAGCAGCUGGCAGUAGUGCUGGCAGUAUUAAGGCUCGUUUUGAGAACAUUGCGAAGCAGAAGGAGGAGGAGGACAGGAAGAGAGCAGAAGAGGAACGUGCUAGGCGACAGGCCAAGGAGAAACAGGAGCAGGAGGAGGCGAACAGAAAGCAGAAGGUGGAGCCAGUAAGUGAAGCGGUGGAAAACGGUGCAAACAUUUAUGAGGUGGAGCCGGUCUCAGCAGAAACCACAUAUGAAGAACCAGUCCAGGAAGACCUGUACCAGAACCCUGAGCAGGAUGACCAGUACCAGAACUCAGGUGCUCAGUCAUAUGAGUAUGGAGAGGAUCUUGGUGUGACUGCCGUGGCUCUGUACGAUUAUCAGGCUGCGGGUGACGAUGAGAUUUCCUUCGAUCCAGAUGACAUCAUAACCAACAUUGAGAUGAUUGAUGAGGGCUGGUGGAGGGGUGUGUGUCGAGGAGCAUACGGACUCUUCCCAGCCAAUUAUGUUGAAGUUCGACAGUAGACUCACUCCAUGCACUCUUUCCAGGGCAGAUAUCACUGAAGGAGACGUCUGCCCUUGAUUUCAUGCUUCCUCUCCAUUAUCAGCCCUGCUUUCUCUUCUUUCACUGUAGCAUGUUGAGCGUUCACCGGUCAUUCUGCUUCCCUCAGCUCAACUCUCACUUCCUAUUUCAUGUCAGUAGUCUUCAGUAGGUGCGUGCGCUUUACUGGAUCCAGCUGCCAUUAGAGAUUUUUAUGACACUUCUGAGAGAGUUCCUUCACUCACACAUGUACAUUAGUGUGUGAAAUAAGAGAUAAUAGACCAAAGAUCUGAGAUCUUCUGGCAUGUUUUAGAGAAAUAAUAUCAGUUGUCAUGUACAUGGGGGGGGGUUCUUUUUGACUUUUAAAGCUGCCUCUGUAUGAACACUUUUAGUUCAUUUCAGUGUCAUUUUUGCAGUGUUGGAAUAGGAAGCAACUGAAUUGAGAUGCUUGAAAACAUUAAUGAUCAUAA